GUUCUCUGUUCUCAUUCCUUCUCGUUUUUUCUCUCCUUUCCUCUCUGGUGUUUCUCUCCUCGACGGAGGCUCUGCACACCGCGCCGACCCCCUCUCGGAAGGAGGCCAAAGGAAUCUCGCGCAUGCAACUUGGAUCCCCCUUCGAGCUCUGGUCUCCCUUCUCUCUCUCUCUCCUUUCUUCUCGUUCGCCUUUCUUCUCGUUCGCCUUUCUUCGCCUCUUCUCGCCACUGCUGCCUCCGCACUGUCGCUCUCGGACAAGUUUCUGUUCGCAGAUUGCGCUCCGAGAGCGCUUCUGUCUCUCUGUCUCUGUGUGUAUGUGUGUGUGCGUCUCUCUCUCUGUAGCGUUACAACUGGUUAAAGAGCGACGCGAGCAGAGGCGCUGAGAACGCGAGCGGAUGUCUCUCUUCCUAGCGAGAGAAAGAGAGACACCAACGAGGAAUCACAAGUAACGGCGAAGGAGAAAUGGAGGGAAGCAGGGUGGACUGCACACUCGAACUCUGGUAACGCACCGACCUCUGUCGAAGACUGCUUUGGCCGCCCUUCCGGUUCCCCCCCCCCCCCCCCCGUUCUUCCGUUUUGCCCUCUCGUUCUUUUUUAACGAAAAACUGGAGGCCAUUCUUCACUGUCCCUCGCCUUUGUCGAAGAAGGGUGUCGAGCGACUGUGUAUCUUCGUCGACUCGUCUGCGACGGAUCUUCGCACAAAGGCGCCGUCCGGUCCCCCUGACUCGCGCCUUCUUCCCUCCUGUUGAGCUCCUCUUCUCUUUCUCGUCGGCUUCUCUGCUCGCUUCGCCGGUCUUUUCCGCUCCUCAGCGUAGGUUCUGAGAACUGCCUGCCUUCGUGUGUGCUCCGUCGCGUUCUCUCUCUUCUCAAGCCUCAAGCAGCUCGCGUUUGUGCCCUCUCCGGCGUUUCUCCCAGCGCCGCUGUCCGACGUUCGGCUGGAAAAAAUGUCGCCACAGCUGACAAAGGCUGCUCCGGCCUCCGCGCGGCCCGGCGGCGCUCGACGCUCCGGUGGGUCGAUCUACGAGACCGCUGGGAAGAAACAAGCGUCGAUUCUCUCUUUCUUCUCGCGACAGCCUCCCGCUAGCGCGUCUGCACCUGCGAGCGGCAAGGCUCCUGAGCGACGAGACGCCUCUUCAGAGAAGGCGACAGAAGAGACUUCGCAGGCGGCGAGUGCAGGCGCUGCUGCGGCAAAGAACGCGAAAGAGGAGAUGCCGACAAGGAAAGUCAGACGAUUCAGCGAAGGCGUUUUCUGCAAGCGACAAGACGACGAGGACGCACCAAGAGGAGCUGCUGGCUCCCCAGAAAAGAACAAAGACGCCGUCCAGAAAACAGAGAUGCGCAACAGCACCACGGAACCGACGGAAGACGAGAAAAAGAGACAGCGCGCGUCUGUGGGAGACAGCACAGCGGCGCGGUCGAGCAGCGGGAACGAGGAAGAUCCGGGCAGCGAAGACGUACGGAAGCUCAAGAGACUGCGGAGACGACUGGCCCUCAGCGACGAUGAAGAAAAGAUGGAGACGCCACCCUCGAUUCGAAGAAGGCGACAGGCCGAGCAAACGAAGAAGAUCGAGAAGGAAGCGGCCAGACGCGCGAAACCUGAAGAAGAAGAGGAAGAAGAGGAAGACGAGGAAGAGGAAGAAGAGUCUGAGCCGUCCGCGUUCAGUGACGAAAGCUACGAAGAUGAAAGUGAAGAGGAGAGUGAAGACGACAGUGAAGACGAAGAAGAAGACGAAGAAGAAGAAGAGGAAGAGGAAGAAGAAGAGGAGGAAGAAGAGGAAGUGAGGGGGAAGAAGCGACCCGCACCGAAGAAAGAAAAGCGCGUUGAGGAAGGAUCUCAGACGACGUGGACGACCGCGUCAUCAUCGGCGUCGUCUUCAUCGCGAGCGAAACUGAAGGAUCUCGUAUACUCGGCUUCCUCCGAAAAGCCUGGAACGACUUCUUCUCUCACGCCGCCCCGAGUGACCUCUCCACCGUCUUCGUCUCCUCCCGCAGCACCCGAACCAACUUCCUCUUCGUCUUCUCUGUCGUCUUCUCUGUCCUCGUCUUCUGUCUCUUCGUCUUCUGUCUCUUCGUCUUCGCGACUACCGUGUUCGACAGGCAGGAAGGCAACGGACGCGGUGGACGAGGCCGAGUUGCGGCGUCGUUUGUUGGCGUCUCCGGCGGCUCAGAACUGCCAUUAUUUCCGGCACUACAUCGAGGACUUCUACAUGUACCACAGGCAAUUUAGCUUUCCGCCGUGGGCGGAUCCUGCGCGCAUGAGGGACAUCAGCGGGAGGCGCGCCAUCGACUGCGGCGAGGACUACGACUUUUCUUCGCUGUGGAUUCCAUCGCCGGACUCUCAGCUGGCGCGCGCGCAUGCGCGACCGCACAUGACGCCGGGCAUGGCGCAGUACUGGGAGAUCAAGAAGGAGCACUUCGACAAGUUGAUUCUCUUCAAGAUUGGCAAGUUCUACGAACUCGUGUAUGGCGACGCUUGCGCGGCGCACCGCAUCCUCGACCUGAAGUGGAUGGGGGGUGGCGGCGCAGACGCGAAGCCGCACUGCGGCUUCCCAGAGCAGAAUCUGCACUUCCAGGCGAGACAGCUCGUACAGGCGGGAUACAAAGUCGUCGUCGUCGAGCAGAUGGAGACGCCGAAGGAGCUUGAGAAACGAAACAGCCAGGCCGCCGCCGGGGCGAAGGACAAGGCGGUCAGACGCGAGGUCUGCGAAGUCUACUCCGCAGGAACUGUGAGACAUGCAGACAUGCUUGGACAGGCGGCGCGGUACCUCCUCGUUCUCUACUUCGGAGAAGAAGACGAAGAGGUGGACGUCGACACCGAGGUCGCGACGGAGAAGCAGGUCGCUGCGGACAGACGCGGCGCCGACAUCAUGGCGGCCGAUCGGCGUGAGACUGGAGAACGCGCCUCAACCGGGGCAGGGGAUCGAGGAGACCCGGAGGUGCAGCAGAGCUUGGACGCGGCGGAGAAGGCGACUGUAGGAAUGGACUCUUCGACUCGAGACGCGCGCGACACCAGCGAAAAGAGACGCGAACUAAAACCGGGAUUCGCAGCGUGUCUCGUCGAUGUCUCCACAUGUCGAGUCUCGCUCGUGAGACUCUCAGACGAUCCGACAGCCGCUUGGCCGUCACUCCGGCUUCUCCUCGCGCAAACGCUGCCUGUCGAAGUGGUGUACUCGCCGACGAACAUCCCUGCGUCGGUCCUCAAACUGCUCAAGUUCCUCCCGUCCCCCCCUCAACUCUCCCCGCUCACUUCCUUCCCAGACCUUCUCGGCGCCCACACCGAAGUCGAUCGCUACAUCACCUCCCGACUCGACGCUCUGACCUCGAAGUCCAACGCCUCCUCUUCCUCCUCUUCCUCUUCUUCCUCUUCUGCCUCUUCUCCUGCUUCGCUGUCGUCGUCGCUGUCGUCCUCGUCUUCGUCUUCCCCAGCGCAGUCUUUGGAGUUGUGCCGGACGUUGUGUGACCGGUGGCCUUCUUUGCACUGUGCAGUGGGGGGGUUGUGUGUGUAUCUUCGCGAGUGUCGCCUCGACGCCUCAGUUUUGCCGCUUUGUCAGUUCGAGAGCUUCCGGCCUCGCGACGCCUCCGUCCUCGUUCUGGACGCACAUGCGCUCCGGCAGCUGGAGAUUCUCCAGACGCAAGACGGCUGCGCGAAGCAGGCACUUCUGGGGUACCUCGACCGCACGGUCACGGCGUUUGGACACCGGCUGCUGCGGCGGUGGUUGGUCGCUCCGCUGCGGAACGUUGCCGAGUUGACGCGCCGCCUGGACGCCGUCGACUGGCUGUGCAACUCCCCCGAAAGUGUGGCGGACAUCCGCAAAGCUCUGCAAGCCUGUCCCGACAUCGAACGUCUCUCCGCCAAGAUCUGCGCGCAGGGACUGCAGGGCGAGCGCCGCGCGGUCUACUUCGACCAUUUCCAUCAGAAACUUCUGGCCGACUUCUUCGCUCUCCUCGACGCCUUUCUCAGCGUCGAAAGCCUCGCCAAGCGACUCGCGCAAAGACUCGCAACCUCUCACGGACAGGAAGGCGCAGAAGAGCGAGAAGCCGCAGAAGAGCGAGAAGGCGAAGAAGGAAGAGGCGGUCGCCUGCUGGACCUCUGUGCCGAUCGAGAACAUGGCGGACUCUUCCCUCCUCUCGGGGAACUCGUUGCCAGUCUAAAAAGCAAAGUUGCCAUCAACGCAGAUGGACACAAAAUCCCUGCAAAGGGUGUGCUUGCAGCCUACGACGACACAGUUACGGAGAUGCAGGAAGUGCAGCAGAAGCUGGAGAAUCUGCUCGACGACUUGCGGAGUUCGUGGAAGAUGAAAUCCCUCCAAUUCGUCCACUCGAAAUUCAAGUACGAGGUCGAAUGUCCAGACACCGUCUCCAAGGAGCUUCUGCGAACUCACGAAUGCGACAUUACCUCGUCCCGAAAAGGAUUUUUUCGCUUCCGCACACCAGAGAUCUGCGAGCUGGUGGCUGAACUUGAAGAUCUUGAGCAGAAGCAGAAAGAUACGUUCUAUCCGUUUUUCUCGAUUCUCUUCAACGCCUUCUACAGCCAUUUCACGCACACAUUUGGGCGCGCCAUUCAAGUGGCUGCAGAGCUCGAUUGUCUGCAGUCUCUCGCCACUGUCGUCGCUACUCACCCAGGGCACAGUGGGCAAAUGUGCAGACCGACGAUCGUCGAAGCUCGCGAAGACGCACCUCCGAUCCUCGCCUUGAAAAACUGCAGACACCCGGUGGCGGAGACGCUGAUGGACAACUUUGUGCCAAACGACGUUUACCUGAACUGCGGCCCUCACGAGUCGAAGCGAACUCUCCUGAUCACUGGUCCGAACAUGGGGGGAAAGAGCACUCUGCUCCGACAGGCUGCUCUCUGCGUCGUCAUGGCACAGGUUGGAUGCUUCGUUCCCGCCGACAGCUGCACACUCUCGCCGGUCGACCGGAUCUUUACGCGCCUCGGCGCUGAAGACUCAAUUCUUCAAGGCGCUAGCACCUUCUUGGUCGAGCUGAAGGAUAUCUCCGAACUCAUGACCUACGGAACGCGUCACUCUCUCGCUGUGAUCGACGAACUGGGUCGGGGGACUUCCACGUUUGACGGCACUGCGAUUGCUCUUGCGUCUCUCGAACAUAUCACUGACAAUUUACAAUGUCGGUGUCUGUUCGCGACGCACUAUCACCUCCUCUGCUACGAAAUGCAGGGCCAUCCGCAUGUGGUGAACGUCCACAUGAAGGCAGCCAUCAACGAAGAACAACAGUCUCUCGCGUUUCUGUAUAAACUCACAAAGGGUGUGUGUCCAAAGUCGCACGGCAUUCAUGUCGCCAGACUUGCCGGCAUCGAUCCCCGCAUUCUCGAGUGUGCAGAAGAGAAGUCGCUGCGACUCCAACAAGAAGUCGUCCGACAGCAGAGACACUGGCGGCUCCUGGGCGUUGCGAAGACACUUGAAGCGGCAGAUCCUGCGACUCUUCAGAGUCUGUUCGCACGAAAAGAAAGCGUUCUUGAGGAUCUCAUACAAGAAGAGGAAGCCGAGGCAGGUGAAGAGGAAGCAAAAGCAGGUGAAGAGGAAGCAAAGGCAGGUGAAGAGGAAGCGGUGCCGAACGAGCGCGAAGUCGAGAUGGAAGGCUGAAGACUUGAUGAAGAGAUCUCGCUGGACGCACUCUCGAGUUCUUGGCGAUCGCUCCCACUGCAGUCCUUAAGGCACUGAAUAUACUUCCAGCUGUGUAAGAGACGAAAGACGAGGUGCAGGCGAUGGAUUCCUGUUACCUCUCUCGUAUCGACCGCGAGAGAGAACAAAGUCCCCUCGUCUUCUGCCCGCUUCGUCGAGCGGCCAGUCUCUUGCUGCGGACCAAACCCAAGGUCCCAGGGAGAAGGAAGUCGAACAGACAGAGCGUGUAGUCCGUGCCAGCGAUCGACGGCGAUUCGACGAGUCGGCAGAGAAGCGACAGCCUUGCGGCUCGGAGAGCUGAAGAGAAAUGUCGAGAACCAAGUGCUAGUCUGUGGAAAGAGGGGAAAAGAGAACGAGAAAAGAGUUUGUCUGUGUGCUGAAGCAGGCGCCCGGGGAUGGCCGCGGUCGGUGCAUGCAGACACAAUUGCAAAACCGAAUUCAUGAAUGCAGACACAACUGCAAAACGGAGGGAGAGGACGAGAGAGGUUCCUUGAGUUAGGAAUGUCUCAUUUGUGGUGUCUGUUCAGUGUGUGUGUGUGUGUGGGUUUCGCUUAAAUGCGUGACGCUCCGCGUCGUGUCUCCUCGGUUUCUCUGUCGGAUGUCUCGGUCGCGAAGGAGACGCGAGCGUGGGAAAAGCGCCUGAGGCGAGGUCCAGAAGAAUGCAUGCAUUUGGGGUGUACAUACACAAGGGUACCCUCGACCAGGGACUGAGUUGUGCUGUUUUGGCUUAACUGCUGUAGGUUGCAGAGGUUUGCACUUACCAUUCGUCUGGUAAACGAACUGAAAUCUGUUCUCGAAAACAACUGCAUGCAUUCGCUGUAUUCUCCAUGUCUCUCCGUUCCUCGUGAACCUCGGAAAGAAAAGACACUUCAAUCUUGACAGUUAUGAACAAACCUUUGCUUUACAAAUACCGGUGCAUACAAACCCC